AACAAAACAAAAAGUUAAUAAAGUUCUUCAACCCACCACUCAUGUAAGCCUAAACUAUUCCCUCUUUCUUCACCAUCCUUCCAUUGCUCCUAAUCUGUGUGCUAAUUAGACUCUCAGAGCUCAUCAAAGCUUAUGCCUUUUGUCAUUGCAAAGCAAGCAAGAGGCCCUCCAAUUGGCCAUUGCCUAUCUUUCUUUCCUUAAUCCCAUAAAGUCAUUUCUGUCAGAGCUACAGAUAGUCACUUAUAGGAUUUAGAUCCCCCACCACCACCACCAAUAUAUAUAUAUAGAGAGAGAGAGACAGAGAGAGCUCCUCAGCUCACCUUCCAUGAAAAAACCCUAAAAUUUUAUCUCCUCACCAUGACUAGUAUAACUACAAGCGGUGUCACCUUAAACAUCAAAUCCUGCAAAACCAAGUUUGCUCAUAGAUUUGUUCGAUCCCUCUUGCAAAUCGGAAACCAUGCUCCACCCAGUUCAUCGUCGUCUUCAGAGGAAAAGCUGAUCCAAAAGCGCAGGCAGAGAAUAAAGAUAGCAGCUUAUUCAUCCAUGGCUCAUGCUGUUGGGCCAAGGAUGAACUGGAGCAGGGCUCUUCUCUUUAAGCUUCGAAACCGGGCCAGCAGGCACCGUAAGAAGAAAAGGGUUGUUGUGAUCAGAAGGAGGACUAAAAAGGCCUCAAGAUCAUCCCAGGGAUCGGUUCCUGUGGAUCAAGCAAAAAAGCUUCGGCGGCUCGUACCCGGGGCCAAGUCCAUGGAUUUGUGCAGCUUGCUGGAGGAAACUGCUCACUACAUAACAUGUCUUUCCACCCAGAUUAAGGUGAUGCAGGCUUUAGCUGAUCAUCUUUCUAAAUGAGACAGAAAUCAAAGAAGUGGAUGGAAUGAAAUUAUUGAUACAUACAGAUGAUACAGGUGGGUGUUGUGUGGGCGGUAAGUAUAUAUAUAUAUAUAUAUAUAUAUUAUACAAAUCACAUGGAUUAUAUAUAAAGUUUUGGUUUACUGCAUAUGCUCAAACUCAAACAUAUAUGUAGUUAUUUGAAUUUAAAGAAGGAUGAUGUAAACCCUGACUUGAAAUUAAUGUACGGAUUGAAUAUUUUGUAUAUACAAUAUUCAAACAUCACAUAUACAUAAACUCUGACUUGUAUAAAGUUAAAGCCAGAGGCUCUCAUUUAAGUUAA